GGAAUUUACAAAUAGACAAUUGGGUUGAGCAUCCCACGUGGCGCAAACCCAGCAAUUGAGACCAGAAAUCCCAAUCCAUGAUUCAGUGAUUCAUUUCUUUGUUCUCUGCCUAUACAAGCACAAGAUCUCAAUCCCAAGACGUACAAAGGAGAAAAAAGGAAAAGAAGCAAUGGAUUCUAUUUCUCUACGCUCACUCCAUUUUCAAAUCCCAGCUCGGAAGCAACUCAAAUUCCUCCCCGACGCUGCUAUUUUCAGCCCCAGGAUUUCCUUUCCUUUCCCGUUUCCGCCGAGAAUCAACCGCCACCAUAAACACUCUCAUUCUCUUGUUUUCGCCGUUUCCUCUACUCCCACUAGAGAAGAGGAAAAGAAGAAGAAGAGGACGAAAGUGAAACCAAAGUCUGGAAGUGGCAAAGUAGGGCUUAAUAUUUGUUUAGACCACCAAGUUCAAUUUGGUGAGCAUGUAGUGAUCUUGGGGUCCACAAAAGAAUUGGGAUCCUGGAAGAAGCAGGUGCCUAUGAACUGGAGUGAGGAUGGAUGGAUAUGUGACUUGGAGUUGAAAGGGGGCGAGUCUGUUGAGUUCAAAUUUGUGGUUGUUAGUAAGGACAAGAGUGUAGCAUGGGAAGGUGGAAAUAACCGUGUUCUGAAACUGCCUCAGGGAGGAAGUUUUGGGAUGAUAUGUCACUGGAAUUCCACAGAGGAGACGCUGGAAUUAUUGCCUUUAAGUUCGGAAGAAUAUGAUGACAGUGUGGAUGAUGCUGGUCAUAGUGAAUCGACAUCUACUACUGAUGCCUUGGAGGUUGAGGCAAGUCCUUUUGUUGGACAAUGGCAAGGGAGGCCUGCUUCCUUCAUGCGGUCAAAUGAACAUCACAACAGAGAAUUGGAGAGGAGAUGGGAUACGACUGGUCUUGAAGGGUUGGCUUUGAAAUUAGUUGAAGGUGAUAAAAGUGCAAGGAAUUGGUGGAGAAAGCUUGAAGUGGUUCGUGAGCUAUUAGUUGGAAGUUUGCAAAGUGAGGAACGGUUGGAAGCUCUAAUAUGCUCUGCUAUCUAUCUGAAGUGGAUAAACACAGGGCAAAUUCCUUGUUUUGAAGAUGGGGGUCAUCACCGGCCAAACAGACAUGCUGAGAUUUCCAGGCUUAUAUUUCGUGAAUUAGAGCGAAUCUCUAGUAGGAAAGAUUCUUCACCUCAGGAAUUGCUUGUUAUUCGCAAGAUCCAUCCUUGUUUGCCAUCUUUUAAGGCAGAAUUUACAGCAUCUGUCCCACUUACUCGAAUUAGAGACAUUGCUCACCGGAAUGAUAUCCCUCACGACCUCAAGCAAGAAAUAAAGCAUACAAUACAGAACAAGCUUCAUCGAAAUGCUGGCCCUGAAGACUUAGUUGCAACAGAAGCAAUGCUUGCAAGAAUCACCAGGGAUCCUGGACAAUAUAGUGAAGCAUUUGUGGAACAAUUCAAGAUAUUCCAUCUGGAACUCAAAGAUUUUUUCAAUGCUGGAAGCCUCACUGAGCAACUUGAGUCAAUUAGAGAAUCGUUAGAUGAACGGGGCAUUGCAGCUCUUGUAAUGUUUCUGGAGUGCAAAAAGAGUCUGGAUGCUGCAGAAGGAUCGAGUAGCAUUUUGGAUUUAAUCAAGACAAUGCGAUCUUUGGGUGCUUUGAGAGAAGUAAUUGUGAGGGGUCUUGAAAGUGGUCUUAGAAAUGAUGCUCCUGAUGCUGCAAUAGCAAUGCGCCAAAAGUGGCGACUAUGUGAGAUUGGUCUUGAGGACUAUUCCUUUGUCCUCUUAAGCAGGCUACUCAACAUGCUUGAAGCUGUGGGAGGGGCCAAUUGGUUUGCAGAUAAUCUGGAAUCAAAGAACAUAAGCUCUUGGAAUGAUCCACUUGGUGCCUUAAUUGUGGGUGUUCAUCAGCUUAGUUUAUCUGGUUGGAAACCUGAAGAAUGUGCUGCUAUUCAAAAUGAGCUUACUGCCUGGCAAGAGAAAGGUCUCUUUGCGAAGGAAGGAAGUGAAGAUGGCAAAAGAAUCUGGGCAUUAAGACUCAAAGCUACACUUGACAGAUCAAGGAGGCUGACUGAGGAAUAUUCUGAAGUCCUUCUCCAAUUAUUCCCUCAAAAAGUGCAGAUGCUAGGGAAAGCUCUUGGAAUUCCAGAGAACAGCAUAAGGACAUAUGCUGAAGCUGAGAUCCGAGCUGGGGUGAUUUUUCAGGUUUCAAAACUUUGUUCCCUUCUCCUGAAAGCUGUUAGAACAGCACUUGGUUCUGAAGGGUGGGAUGUCCUUGUUCCAGGAGUGGUGUCCGGAACAUUGGUUCAGGUUGAGAACAUUGUCCCUGGAUUGCUGCCAUCAUCUUUAGAAGGACCUGUUAUUCUUGUGGUUAAUAAAGCUGAUGGAGAUGAGGAGGUGACAGCAGCUGGAUCUAAUAUUGCAGGAGUUGUACUUUUGCAGGAGCUGCCUCACUUAUCUCAUCUUGGUGUUAGGGCCAGACAAGAAAAGGUCAUCUUUGUUACAUGUGAAGAUGAAGAAAAAGUUUCUUAUAUACAAAAGCUUGAAGGAAAAUGUGUGAGAUUGGAGGCAUCGUCAAGUGGUGUGAGCAUAAGUCCAUCUUCUUUAGAUGAUCGUGAUGCUGAUUCUGUUGCCAAAAAUCUUUCAACUAAUGGUUCAUCUGCUGUUUAUAUGCGUGGUCCUCCUGAUUUGACAGGGUUGUCUCCUAAAGCCUCUUACUCCAAUAAGGCAAGUUCUUCAGCUGGACUUAUACUGCUUGCUGAUGCAGAUGCACAAACUUCAGGAGCAAAGGCAGCUGCUUGUGGCCGUUUAGCUUCCUUGGCUGCAGUUUCUGAUAAGGUCUACAGUGACCUAGGGGUGCCAGCGUCAUUUCGUGUUCCUGCUGGAGUAGUUAUUCCAUUUGGCUCCAUGGAAUGGGCUUUAGAGCAAAACAAAUCCAUGGAAACAUUCAUGUCUCUUCGAGAAAAGAUUGAAACAGCACGUCUGGAGGAUGGUGAACUUGAUAAUUUAUGCCACCAACUCCAGCAGCUGGUCUCUUCCGUACAGCCCCCACAAGACCUAAUUGAUAGCAUAAUGAGAGUAUUUCCAGGCAAUGUACGCUUAAUUGUUCGUUCAAGUGCCAAUGUUGAGGAUUUGGCGGGGAUGUCAGCUGCUGGACUUUAUGAAUCCAUCCCAAAUGUCAGUCCUUCAAAUCCAACUGUUUUUGCCAGUGCUGUCAGCCAAGUAUGGGCCUCGCUCUAUACACGAAGAGCAGUACUAAGUCGGCGAGCUGCUGGUGUGUCCCAGAAAGAUGCUACAAUGGCAGUCCUGGUUCAGGAAAUGCUUGCACCUGAUCUUUCAUUCGUACUCCACACACUCAGCCCAACAGAUCAUGACCAUAACUAUGUUGAGGCUGAGAUUGCACCAGGGCUGGGUGAAACCCUCGCAUCAGGAACUAGGGGCACACCAUGGCGUUUAUCUUCUGGGAAGUUUGAUGGGCUUGUGAAAACAGUAGCAUUUGCAAAUUUUAGUGAGGAGAUGGUGGUAUCAGGUGCAAGUCCUGCCGAUGGGGAAGUAAUCCGUUUGACAGUAGACUACAGCAAAAAACCCUUGACGGUUGAUCCGGUAUUUCGUCAACAGCUUAGUCAGCGUCUAUCUGCAGUUGGAUUUUUCCUGGAGAGGAAGUUUGGCUGCCCGCAGGAUGUGGAAGGAUGUGUUCUUGGAAAAGAUAUUUACGUGGUUCAGACACGUCCCCAACCCCUGUAACAGCUUUUACCCGAGAAGAUAAGCUAUCUUAUACGCAUUUGAUCGUUGCCACCCCAAGCAUUUGUUGCAGUUUUUCAAGCUCUCUAAGCCCUACAUACCCAAUAUAGAUGCAGUUUGGAGCUACCUAUGUUUGAAUAACCGGCAUAGAUUGCAAAACUUGUACUUGGAGUCCGAUAGACAAGGGAUGGAAAUGCUGCUACAAAUAUGUUGAGUAAUCUAUGUUUUGUUAGUGGAAGACCAUAGAAUAGUUUGUAUGAAAAUAUAAAGCAGUGCAGGGCCAUCCAGUGUUGGAAAUCUCUAUGUUGUUUUAUCUUAAAUUUGUUCAUAUGAAAUAUAUGAAGUUUGCAAUAGAGAGCAAAAAGAUCUCUUCCAUUCAGAUUGUAUUAACAUCCCUACUUCUGUUUAAGUUAUGUUGGAAUAAACAGCUUUGGAUUUGAAUCCUGUUUAAAAUAAAAUCUGGGAUCGUUAUUGUAUUUUGUAUGAACUCUAGAAAUAAAACAAUAUUUCAUAUUCA